AUGUGGGACCACAUGACGUCACCCAUCGAUAAGUGGGUCCAGCUGCUUCUGUCGCCGACUUGUGGGCCCGGUCAGCGGUCGGCUCGGUCUAUUCACCAAAAGUCUCAGGAAACCUCCCCAAAGAAAACACAUAAAGCUGAACGAGAGAAGCUUAAACGUGAUCAGUUGAAUGACCUUUUCGUUGAGCUGGGCAGUAUGCUAGAUCUUGAUCGACAAAAUACUAGAAAAGCUACAGUAUUAGGUGAUGCUGCACGAGUACUGCGAGAUCUAAUUACUCAAGUAGAAUCUCUUAGGAAGGAACAAUCUGCUCUUGUAUCGGAACACCAAUAUGUCAGUUCAGAGAAGAAUGAGCUGCAAGAGGAGAACAAUUCACUCAAAUCACAAAUAUCAGAACUACAAAAUGAGCUCUGUGCAAGGUUGAGGAACAGCAGCCUCAAUCAGAACAGCCUUGGCGUGCCACUACCAGUUGCGAACACUGUAGGUCCUGAUCUGGCAACUCACCGUAUGCCACAGCAUAUGUGGAGCAACAUUCCUAAUUUAAGCUCUGUGGCCAUGGCGCACCCAACAAAUACAGCAACUCUGUUACACAGUCAGGGCCACUCUGCUGAUGCUGGCCAAGGCCAUGCGCCCCAACCUCGGGAGCUGCAGCUCUUUCCAGGGGCAUUAUCUCCACCAGAGCAUGGAUGUUCCGUUCUAGGAAACGACCAGGCCACAUCGUCGAGCCUGACAGAUUCCUUGCCAGGGCUUCUGUGCCUAAGCCUCCCACAAUCAUCUCAGGAAGGAAGCAGCAGCGGUGUAUCGCGCGGCAGAAAGGAACGGCGGAACGGUUAG